GCGCCAAUAUCUUUUUCACACACACUGCUGUGGAGCCAGGUGUCCCCCAUUCUGUAUCUUGAUUGUGUUCUAGAAGCAUUUUUCUCUUGAGGUUGCAUGCAACUGUGGCUGGCAUCUUCAGAAGAACAUCUAUCUAUCUAAUCUAUCUGUGUGUGUUGGGUUGUUUUGCGGCGUUUCCCAGUAGCAGAGGAAGGGGAAUCCAUUCCGGGCUUUGCAGGCGGCCCGUCUGCUUGCGGGGAGGCAGCUCUUGGGGAUCUCCUCCGCUUUGGCGGAGCGUGUGCGUCUCGGCGAGGGAUUAGGCGCAGGAAGCGCCGGCUCUCGGCCCUGCUUCUUUCCUUUCUUAGCCAUCCACCCACCCAUCCCUCCAUCCUGCCUUGUGCUCCUGUCUCUUUCGGGCAGGCGCGUCCCGCAGGAAGGGAAGGCGGGCGAGGAGGAGGCGCGCGCGCCCGCCCGCCCUGCCUCCUGUCAACAAUAAGGCGCGCGAUGUAGUGGAGGGGGGGCGCGCGCCGGGCUCGGAGGGGCCGCCCCCAUGGAGCCCCCGCGCCGCCGCCUCCUCCUCCUCCUCGAGGCCGGAGCGCCAGGGACGGAGCCGGCGAAGCGGUGGCGGGGGGGCGGUGGCCGCCGGGGCUAGCCGCGAUGCUCCUGCUGGAGGAGGGCGGCGACCCGGCGUCGGCCCCGGCCUCCCCGGCCGCAAUGGCGCCGCGGCGGAGGAGGAGGGCCGUCUACCGCAUCUCGGUGACCCUGGUCAAGAAGGAGGCGCUGGCCGUGGCCCCGUGGCCCCCGCACGGGCUGCUCCUGGAGGAGGAAGAAGAAGAAGAGGAGGAGGAGGAGGCAGAAGAGGAAGACGGCGAGCAGGAGGGGCCAAGGGGGCGCGGCGCAGCGGCCUCCUUCCGCAGUUUCCGGGCGCUGAGCACCGGGCAGCUGGAGCUGGGCCGCCUCAAGGUGUCCUCCCGCCGCAGCCGCGUCCCGCCGCCCCCUCCCGCUCCUCCUCCUCCGCCGCCCUUGCGCCGGAGCUGCAGCUUCCGCCACUGGAGCGGUAGCGGCGCCGAAGGGCCGAGGCUGCGCGCUUUGGCCCGGAGCAAGCGGCACAGCAGCUCGGGAUGCCUGGCGCUCGGGCCCGGCGCGGGGCGGUCGCGGAGCGUCGGCAGGAAAGCGGCCCCGGAGGAGGAGGAAGAGGAGCCGGAGGAAGGCCCCUCGGAGCCCGCCCUUGCCGCCGCCGCCGGCUGUUCCUCGCCUCAGGAGCGGCGCCUCCUCCUCAGCCGCUUCUUCAGCGGCGUCUUCUCGCCCUUCGGGAGCCCCCUGGGGAGAGGCCCGCGCGCCCGAGCCUCCAGCGCCGGAAGCAGCGCCUGCAAGAGGAGGAGCGGCCCCGAGGAGGCCCCCGGCAGGAGAGAUGCCUUUGUAAAUAGCCAGGAAUGGACACUAAGUCGAUCCGUGCCAGAACUCAAAGUGGGAAUUGUAGGAAAUUUAGCUAGUGGGAAAUCUGCUCUUGUACAUCGAUAUCUGACUGGGACAUAUGUCCAAGAGGAAUCACCAGAAGAUAUGGAUGCAGGUGGGAGAUUCAAGAAAGAGAUAGUAGUUGAUGGACAGAGUUAUCUGCUGCUUAUUAGAGAUGAAGGAGGUCCUCCAGAGGCCCAGUUUGCCAUGUGGGUGGAUGCUGUUAUAUUUGUCUUCAGUCUCGAGGAUGAAAUUAGCUUCCAGACUGUUUACCACUACUAUAGCCGUAUGGCAAACUAUCGUAACACUAAUGAAAUCCCAAUGGUACUAGUGGGAACUCAGGAUGCUAUAAGUUCCAGUAAUCCUCGUGUAAUUGAUGACGGUAGAGCACGAAAACUGUCAAAUGAUUUGAAGAGAUGCACCUACUAUGAAACCUGUGCUACUUAUGGACUGAAUGUGGAGAGAGUCUUUCAGGAUGUUGCACAGAAGAUUGUUGCAACAAGGAAAAAACAGCAGCUUUCAAUAGGUCCUUGCAAAUCAUUGCCAAACUCUCCAAGCCACUCAUCUGUAUGUUCAGCCCAGGUGUCUGCAGUACAUAUCAGUCAGACCAGUAACGGAGGAGGGAGCUUAAGUGAUUAUUCUUCCUCUGUCCCAUCUACUCCAAGCACCAGCCAGAAGGAACUGCGGAUUGAUGUCCCACCUACUACCAACACUCCAACACCCGUUCGUAAACAGUCCAAGCGCCGGUCCAACCUUUUCACAUCUCGGAAAGGGAGCGACCCAGACAAAGAGAAGAAAGGUUUGGAGAGCAGAGCAGAUAGCAUUGGAAGCGGUCGUGCAAUCCCAAUUAAACAGGGCAUGCUGCUAAAGAGAAGUGGCAAGUCGCUAAAUAAAGAAUGGAAGAAGAAAUAUGUCACUCUUUGUGAUAAUGGUGUACUAACGUAUCAUCCAAGUUUACAUGAUUACAUGCAGAAUGUUCAUGGGAAAGAAAUUGACCUCCUGAGAACCACAGUGAAAGUCCCAGGGAAAAGGCCGCCUCGAGCUACAUCAGCAUGUGUACCUAUUUCUAGUCCGAAAACAAAUGGCUUGUCCAAAGACAUGAGCACCUUACAUAUCUCGCCAAAUUCAGGAAAUGUGACAACUAGCACUUCUGUGUCUCAGAUGACAAGUGGCAUCAGUCUUGUUUCUUUCAACAGUCGGCCUGAUGGAAUGCAUCAACGUUCCUAUUCAGUCUCCAGUGCUGACCAGUGGAGUGAGGUGACAGUCGUUGCAAACUCAGGCAUCAGUAGUGACACCGGCUUGGGAGAUUCUGUGUGUUCGAGCCCAAGUAUAUCUAGUACUACAAGUCCAAAACUGGACCCUCCUCCUUCUCCCCAUGCAAACCGAAAAAAACAUCGCAGGAAGAAAAGCACAAGCAAUUUUAAAGCUGAUGGUAUCUCAGGCACUGCAGAAGCCAAACGCAAAGCAUGGAAACUAAAUCGUGUUGGUAGCCUGCGAAAUAUAUACAGCAGCAGCAGCACCAACACUGAAGAACAAGAAGAAAAUUUUGAAUUUAUCAUUGUAUCCCUCACUGGUCAGACUUGGCACUUUGAAGCAACAACAUAUGAAGAAAGAGAUGCUUGGGUCCAGGCUAUAGAGAGCCAGAUCCUGGCCAGUCUACAGUCGUGUGAGAGCAGCAAAAAUAAGUCCCGACUGACAAGUCAGAAUGAGGCCAUGGCCCUUCAGUCAAUAAGAAACAUCACAGGCAAUUCUCGCUGUGUGGACUGUGAGGUACAAAAUCCUGAUUGGGCUAGCUUAAAUCUGGGAGCGCUCAUGUGUAUUGAAUGCUCAGGGAUACAUCGAAACCUUGGCACGCACCUGUCACGUGUUCGUUCUCUUGAUUUGGACGAUUGGCCUAUAGAACUCAUCAAAGUAAUGUCCGCCAUUGGGAAUGAACUAGCAAACAGUGUGUGGGAGGAAAACACCCAGGGUCGGGUAAAACCAUCUCCAGAUUCCACAAGGGAGGAAAAGGAACACUGGAUCCGUGCAAAGUAUGAACAGAAGCUCUUCCUUGCGCCCCUGCAAUGCUUAGAGUUCUCCUUAGGCCAGCACUUGCUAAGAGCAACUGCCGAGGAAGAUUUGCGAACUGUCAUCCUACUUCUUGCACAUGGGACACGAGAAGAAGUGAAUGAAACCUGUGGAGAUGGAGAUGGACGUUCUUCCUUACAUUUGGCUUGUCGGAAAGGAAACGUUGUGUUGGUUCAGCUUUUAAUUUGGUAUGGAGUUGACGUUAUGGCCCGGGAUGCCCAUGGAAACAGUGCAUUAGCCUAUGCCAGGCAAGCCACAAGUCAAGAGUGCAUUGACGUCCUUCUGCAGUACGGUUGUCCAGAUGAGCGCUUUGUUCUCAUGGCGACUCCCAAUUUAUCCAGGAAGAACACUAACAGGAACAACAGCAGUACAAGAAUGCCGACCAUCAUCUGAAGGAUUUGGUUCUUGUUUUCCAGCAUUACUAGCAUUUACCGCCACAUAUUAUGCAUUAAUUUGACAGAAGAUUUCUGUGCGUCUUAGAAAAAAACCUUAUCCUUUUCUCCUUAGUUCUUACUUUCUCCGUAGGGGAAAAUGCCUGGAUAUUGCAAAAGAGACAAGAAGGAGGAAAGAAGACUGCAGAAAUCAUUUAUUUAAAUAAAAAGAUCUUGAGUGAUGAAAAUGUAGAAGGGAGGGGAGACAAAGAGAGGUCAUGGAUUCUCUAAUGAUAGCCCAUGACAUGGGACCAUUUGACUAGGUGUCUCUAGGCAGGCUCCUACAAGCGAGUUACUGGAGGGAAACAACAGGGGGAAGAAGAGAAGGCACAGUAACUUUCCUUAACUGACAGUUAAGCGCAUUAGUACGUUUCACCUCUACCAAGCUGAACAUUUGGAUUUCAUUCUCUUUUCUGAAGAGCUUGACGGCAUAAAUCAGAGGCAAGCACAGAGUUUGUCAGGUUUGAAGCUCCUAUGAUGGUAUGUGUCAAAUCAGUUGUAGCUAAUCUGUCCAGGGAGAAUACUGGCUUCAUUACACUUGUAUAGUUGAGUUCUUCCAGCAUUACUGCUGUUUAAUAGAACAUGAUUAGUCAUCACGGAGAAAAAAGCAUAUUAGCUGAGGAGGUAGUUACAUGGCACGCUUCGGUGAUUGCUUGGAUGUGAUUGCAAUAUUCUUAGAAGCAUCAUAUUAUCUCAGACAUGUUCUUUCAAGCCCUUGGAGCCCUCCUUUCUAAAUUCACUGUCAUAAUUUAGUAUCUGUUUAAUUUUUCAGUCCAAAGAGAGGAAAUCAGUUGCUGAGUCUUAUUUGACUGCAGCCUCCUUGAUGUAAAAACAAAAUGGAAAAAAUAAAUAAGAAUAGCUAUGAAAUAGAGAAUGGAAAGGAAUAAUGAAUACUGCUAAGGGGAAAAAAAUAUUUCAAGUAUGUUUAUGAGAACAAAUACAUAAAAGGCUAUUUUUUUCCAGUCAUGAGAAGUACAUUGUGUCACUUUUGCCAAGGUAAAUGUGUUGCGUUUUGGUCAUUCAUUGCCUAAGUUAUACAGAUUUUGUAUUGUGUCUUUAGGUUAUAUUUGUGUACAAAUCAAUUAGCUUUUUAAAUAUUCGUAAGUAUGCAUUGAUUUUUUAAUAAGGCAAGUACUUCUUUAUUAAUUUAUAAACUGUAAUUGAUGUGAAAUAAUGUUCAGAUAGUUAGGAUCGAAGGGAUCACAGAUUAUAAUACUAGAUCUUGAAAACAUUCCCAGCAAAUAAAUAGAUUUUUAUUCCUUUGAUUAAAAAUGUAUCUAAUCAACGUAUUGGCAUAGAAAAGCUACAAAGACAUAUGGUUUGGAAGGGCAUGUCAUUGUCUUCCAGAAGCACAAACAUCUUUCAUUGUGUGUUUCAUGAUGCUGUUGUGGAGGAUGACUGCGAAUCCUGAGCAGAGUAUGCAAAAAAUUGGGGUACUCGUCUGACCCCCUCCCCCCAAAAAAUACAAAAUCUGAUAAUAUCCUCUUUAAGUGAACAUGUUUUCCUAUGCUUUAAAAUGACUCUUGUAGAAUGGACUGACAUCUGGGAGGAGUUUUAGAUACAAUCUUAGAUAAUUUGUUAGCACCGACCUGUUUCUUGCUCGUAUUUCCUUUAAGGGUGAUUCUGUGAUUUUGAAUUGCUAGCGGAAUGCAUUUUGAAUUGUAUAUUGUAGAGAAUGAGCAUUAGGUAAAACUGAGCUGCAAUAAUGAACAAAGAAACCCGUUCCGUUGGUGACUGCACACAAAAAACAAGUGUACAUUUACCUGCUUUUUUUAACAGUUCCGUGAUAUUUUACUAUUUUGGGACUGUUUCCUUUGAGGAAAAUAAUAAUUGGGGGGGAAAAUAAAACAUGGAAAUAAAUAUAUAUUGAGAAGACAGGAGGAACAACCUUCGCAAUGUACUUUGGUUAUUUGAAAAGUAUAUGGGCAUCGGUUAACACUAGUCAUCCUAGGAUGGAUCUACACUACCAUAUAAUCCAGAUUAUCACAGCAGAUAGCCCAUAUUAUCUGAUUAGAUCUGGAUUGUAUGAGUCUGCACUACUAGAUCAUCUAGUUCAAAGCAGAUAAUCUGUAUUUUAUAUGUCAGUGUAGAUGAGACCCUAGACAAAGUCAGUGGAAUUGCUACUUUAUUUCCUUGGUCUCCUGCUUCCAUGUUUUUGACUUUAUGAGCAUGUAAAGGAAAUAGAAGACCCCUAUCUUUGGCCCCUUCUACACUGCCCUAUAUCCCAGGAUCUUAUCCCACAUUAUCUGCUUUAUGCUGGAUCAUAUGAUGUCCCUUCUACACUGCCAUAUAAAAUCUGGAUUGUUAGCUUUGAACUGGAUUAUAUGGCAGUGUAGACUCAUAUAAUUCAGUUCAGAGCAGAUAAUAUUGGUUAUCUGUCAGUGUAGAAGGAGCCUGAGUCUCCACUGCCAGAUAAUCUGGGAUAAGCAGAUAAUGUGGGAUCAGAUACUGGAAUUUUGGGACACUGUGGAAGGGGCCUCAGUCAUAGCAAUUACGUAAGUGUACAUAUGUGAUUUUGAAGGUAGGUAGCUAGUUGUAAUAUAGCUUCCUUAAUGCUUCUUCUAGGAGAUUAACCCAUGCCUUGGCCCUGUUAUAAUAGCCCAACUGUUUUGGGUGGCAGAAUUUCCACUCCUGGUGCUGUGAAGUCAACCUUCGUUGGCCAAGGUAUUAGUUUGGCUAUUCAAUCCAGGCAGGUUAAUAAAUAAGGUAGGAGGAAAUACAUGGCAAAGAUACAACGAGUAAGUACCUUCUGUGUUGACAUCUAUGGGGUUUCAGUGAAAUGAGAGCUACCUGACUCAGUGAAACCAUAGCUCCUGUCUCCUUGUUCUGAGGUCCAGCAGGCUCUCCCUCAUGAAAGACAACACAUCUUCCCCGCUGUGGCCCAGUUUGGAAAUGAGGCCCCAGCCUGAACAGAGUUUUUCAACACUAACCAUUUUAACUACAAUGCACUUUCCUCUAAUAUCUGUAUAUGCCUGCUUCUACAGUUUCCCUUUAAACAGUCACUUGAAGUCACUCUUGUAUGAAACUGCUGGGUGAUGCAGCCCUCUUUUAAACAACACAUCCGUCCAUGUUUCUAUUGUCAUUCCUUUUCCUUGUUGUAUUUUCUUUUUGAAGGAGAAGAUUUAAGAUGGUGGUAUCUUCCAUUAGUGUGUACCAUAGAAAAUGUUAGAUUUCACAAGCCCAGAAUAUUAGCCUUUUGUUGUUACUAAAGCGUUGGUACAAUUGUUUGGACUAGCACAGUUUUCUUGACCUACUGACAGUGCUGACGCUUUUACAUUGUGAGGUAAUUCGAAGCUCUCUGGAUACAUAUCGCCUCAGGGAACCUUCAGGUGCCCAUCCACAUCCCACCAUUCUUUUGGACAGAAGGGGAAGCUCAUCUUUAUUUGGUCAAUAUCAGUGGAGUGAUAAAGGCAUGGAGAUCAUUUCGAUGUCAUGAUUUUAUUAUCAUAUCUAUUUCAAUUCUUUUCUUUAACUGCACAUUGCUUCCUCCUGUUCUCUUCAAAGUGUGUGCAUGAAGAUGUUGCCAUUCAUUUUCAGUACCAGUGGUAGACAUUUAAUGUUACUCAACCCUUUGGGAUGGCUUAGGAUUUAUAAGUAUGGUUCCUGCAAAAUAGUUUAAAACUAGAAGGUGCUGAAAGGGAUUCUUGAACUUUAGCAUGGGCUCAACAGAGGUGGACAAUCUCAGGCCAGUGUAGACUUCAGUUCUUGAUCUUUGCUAGUGUUUGCACAGUAAUGCAAGUAUGUUUGUGGCAUAGAAGAGUAAAUCAGACUUUGAAACAUGUUAUUUGAAAUUCCUUCCCCAGUUCAAAAGUACAUGCAUCAGUGUGUUUUACUUCUGGGUAUAUGUCCAAUCUACCUGUCCCCAGAAUUAAAGAACACGAUUCUCAGCAUUUCUCAAAUUCUCCCAAUAUUUCACACAAUCCACAAAUUUCUCACAUAUCUAACAGGAAUCGGAUCGCAAUUGAAAUGGGAAUUCCUUGACAAACAUGGUUUUAGGCAUAUACUGGAACCAUGCAGAGAUUCCUCUUGAGUUGAGAUUGUGCGGAGUAUUAGAUUCAUAUACAUUUUUCAAGAUAGGCAGCUUUAUUUAACCAUUUUGCUGUUUCUUAAAUCACCCCUUCAAUCCUUCAUUAAAUGUUCUUUUGUCUUUAUUUGUAAAACACAACAUAUGUGCAAAUUAACAAGAAAUUAAAUUAUUAUUAAUAGGAAAUCACAAUCUAGAGCAAUGGUUCUCAACCUGUGGGUCCCCAGGUGUUUUGGCCUACAGCUCCCAGAAAUCCCAGCCAGUUUGCCAGCUGUUCGGAUUUCUGGGAGUUGAAGGCCAAAACACCUGGAGACCCACAGGUUGAAAACCACUGAUCUAGAAAGCUAAAUCUCUUUCAGAAAUUUGUUUCUAGUGAGAACACUGUUCACAUGCUUUACUGAUGACAGACCCUUUUCCUGCUUUUAACCAUGAUAUACACAUUAACUGUCUUUUCUAAUGAUAGGCUGGUGCUGGACUGUAGUGUUAACACUAGCCAACUGCAGAAAUAAUAAAGCUUGUAGCUGGGACAGGCUGUUGAGUGUAGCCUGUAUUCUGGUAUCAAGUAGCAUUACUUAUCCAUGUUGAUUGUCAGGCUACGUAGAUUUCUCCCAAAAUCUGAACAAUGAUGUGGACCUUGCUGAAAAAGUCAUGCAGUACCAAUAACAUAAACAGAAGGAGCCGAGUGGAAAACAUCAGAUGACAUUGCUCAAAAUCACUUUGCUAUAGUGAUGGGAUUAAGAACUUAGAAGUCAUUUCCCCAUGUUAUUGUCACUAAAUAAUGUUCCCUAUUUCAUUGAUGUUGUCCAGUAUGCACUUUGUGGGGCACAAAGCACAGCACAUCUACUGGCUCUGAGCCAGGAUUCACCUUUUUUUUUGCCUAGUUGGGACCAUCCUUUGGAGUUUCACAAACCCGUCCAGCCCCCCUCUACUCCUGCUAGGUCUAUAUGUGCACAUAUGCACAUAUAUAGUAACGAAUGUGAGGAGGAAAAGUACUUUCUCCCAAGUUGUGUCUCAGCCUGGAGCCCACACACCCUCCCCUCUGGACUGCAUGGGGUGGGGGAAAUGUGGCCAAGUGGCAAUUCUUUAGGGAGGUUCGCAUGGAUUUUGCAUUCAGACCUGUUUCUUUUAGAGAUUCCAAGGAAAUGAAAUGACAUUUUUGUUCAAACUAAAUUAUAUGGAAACACUGGGACCACUGUUAUUCAGGGAUCAACUUUUGUGUUCAUUCCUAGUAAACAAAUCCAUUUUUAUUAAUGACUAUGUUCAUGGUGUCCUUUCAGACCCAAUCAUAUAUUUUAUUCUGUGAAUGUUUUUCCUUGGGAUCUUAGAAGUGUUUCCUAUCAAAUUGAUUUUAGUAGCAUAAUGUAGCGUUUGGGUCUGAGGCCUACAAGUUUCCUUUGGCAUAUUCAAAGAGGAAAUUGAAUACAGAUACACUAAAAGGCAGGCAGGUUUUGCUAGUGAUAUUUAUUAACUACUGUUCUGUAGAUUCAUAUUUACUUGUUUUGGGUGUGAUCUUUCUGAAUGCACAUGUAAAGGACCAAACAUUUGUCCAUUAGUAUUUAAUAUUAGAAUUCAGUUGGCUAAAUAUCAUUUUCAGAUAUCUUUAGUUCCCUACCUUUUCCUCUUUCAAUAGAAAGAGGAUUGCGGAGAUAACUGCCCUUUUCUUUCAGUCCUUCAAAAUUUCUAAUACAUUUUGGAUUCUACUAUUAUAUGAUUUAUACAGUUCUAGUAUUUGUUGUUUAAAAACAUUUUGAUGCAUACCAUUGUGUGGAAUAAUUAUGUAUUAAAUAACAGAUCUUACUUUCUUGAAUAGCACUUCAGGAGAAAAGUUUAAUAAAUCAUGACUCUUUGUGGUCAUUGUUAUUCGUGUUAGUGUACACUUUGCAGACAGCUGUAGGAGAGUGUUGAAGUGCUUCCAUCUGAGCAACAAAUCUCUGGAUUAUACUUUUAACCUGGAUUUUUUAAUCAGUUCAGAUAUAUUUUAGUGUUGUUGUCAUUGGAAUCCUAUGUUGUUCAAGUGAAAUUAACAGUUCUGGAGUUGAUUUCCCAGAUUUGCGUAUGCCCAAAUAUCUGCUUGGGGGGACUUCAAAACAAUUGCAAAUGGACACUCACAAUAACUACCUAUUCUGUGGAAAUCUCUUUAAUCAGAUUGUACUAAUAUGUAGAAUAACUCUGAUCAUUUUAUGGACACAUUGAUUUUUUUCCCAUGUGAAAAUCACAUAGAGCCUGCAUUCCCCAAAAGGCCUGAAAGUUACAUUCAGUACCUUGUUAUUGGACGGUUUGCAGUGCUGAUCACCUCAACCCCUAUGAUACAAAUGUACUAGAGAAAGAGGAAUCAGAUUUCCUAUUAAUUUCCUUUGCAUAGAGUUUUGUUUGCAUGUUAAAUGCCUUCACCUUAGCAGAAUUCUUACAAUGUUGUUACUACAGCUCCCUCAUCUGGUAAUUUUUCAAGACUCUGAAUAAAAUGCACAAGCAACCCACUUUUCUGUAGAAAAAGGAUCACAAUAUAUAGCUAUUCCACCUGCCCGCCGAAUCCAAAGGCCAAAUCCAUGACAGACUUCCACCAGGAAUCAGUUCAGGCAAAAAUAUGCUCAGCAUUUUGGCAUAUGGAGCAAGAGAUUGUGCCUGAGCAGUGCCAAACCCAGAAAAUCAACCUGUUGUCAGCUCAAAAGAUAUCAGCACUGAAUGUGAAAUAGAGACAGAAUCUCUUAGAUAGAAACUGAAAUAUUUUAUUACGCGCUGUCUCAUAAAUACCACCUCUUUUACAUCACCCCCCUGUCAUUAUCAGUGCAGCUUUUGGUUCUAUGCACAAUGGUACAAUUGCAUUCUAAGGACUAAAUUUGGACGUUACCUUAAUCUGUAAGGGAAGGGGAAAUUCUAGCAAAAAUGCCUACUGUCCAAAGAGUAAGAAGUAUUUCAGUAUUUUGCACACUCAACGCACGCAGAUCUUAGAGACCACCUACAAUGGGUCAGACUUGUACCUUAUUCUUUGUGAGAAAUUCUCAAUGUCAUGAAAAGUGUGUUCUUUCUUCUGUACUCAUAUCUUUAAAUUUCACAGUGGGGAAAAUUAAUGUCUGAAGCAGCAUUGAGAUUUUAAAACCGGCCAGGCCUAAAAGUUAAAAAAAAAAUGCAGUGUAAAUGAAAAAAUACAGCCUCUUCUUCUUCUUUACCCCAAGAGAUGUACUGAAUGAUGGGUCUUCUUAAUCAUGCUUCAGAAAGCCGCUUGCAAAAGUUAGGAGGUUCAGUGGCAGAUAAUUGGGCAAUAACACAUAGAUGGGUGCAUCCGAUGAAACCGGCUCUGGCCCAGGAAAGCUUAUGCUGCUGGAUAGGAGUUGGCUGUUAAGGUGCCAGAACACUCUUUGCUGUCUUUGCGUAGAUGGGUCCAAUUCACCACAUGUAGUUUAAUAUGUUCUGUAAACAGUACUGUGUAGCUCCAUGGCAGAAAUCGGAUGUCCGUAAAUCAGUACAAUAACAAACAUUUGUGUGUCUAAUUUAUAUGCACAGAUAUGAACAUACACAAAGUGGGUUUUUGCAAACAUAUAUGGACUAAUGUAAAUAGUUCCACAGAAAUGUGGGUGCUGCAUGGAUAAAGUAAGAGAGAUGUAGACAAUUACUGUAUAUGGCUGUCUGGUGGGUUUAAGGAACUCCUGUUCCGAAGCGGGAAGAUAAAGGACGAACUAGAAGGACUUGGGAAAGGCUAUGGAAUGACUCUGGAUGGUUUUUGUUUUGAAUACAAUGCUCCACGUAUUUUUGAGGGAGCACUUAACUAUGCCCCCUUGGGCCCUUUUUCCUGACAAACUCUCCUGUUCACAUUUCUCAUUGCAUGGAGAUAGAAACAUGAGCAAUUUCUGACAGUCAAACAAUAAAUAGAGGAAAAGUCCAAUGCUACGUUCCCAAAUGUAACAAUGUACAAAGGAAAAACCAUCAGAGGCGCCUCCUGAACAGCAUCUCUAUUGGUCUCAAUAUAGCCAGUUGCUUUGAGCAUCAUGUAAAAUCCUUUAAAAUGUAUGAGUGCAUGGUUUCCCUCUUUAAAAAAAUAAUAAUUGAUAAAUAUAUUAUUGUAGUCCUAAGUUCCUAAUGAACACGUCACCACAUUACGCCACAUGUGAGUGUGGCACAGCCAGCCCUGUAAUCACUGUGAUUUAAUAAAUGUUGAGUCAAUGCAUGGCACUUUUGUCCAGAAGUUUGAAGAAAACAGGAAAAUGCAAGAUAAGCAGAGAGCUUAGCACGCAGGAAUUAUUAUUAUUAUUGUCGUUGUUGUUGUUUUCUUUUCCCCAGCGUAAAGUAAAGCUCUGCGGUUCCCAUUGCAGGAUUCCGCUAAGUAGUUAAUUUUGACUCUGGGAAUGACAAACUGCUCUUCUGCAGUCAGGUAUUUUGAAUAAAUUACAUUUCAGGUUUUACUGCCACUUGUAUAGCAUUUGUAUAUAGGCAUUGCUGAGGAAUAAAUACAUUCUAAGCAGGGAAUUUAGAAAAAAAUGUGGCAUUUGGGAUAGCAGUUCUCCUAAAACUUCCCCUACCUCUUCCUUCAUGAGUUCUGAUGUCUUCAGUUGUGAAAAUAGGUUUUAUGUUGGUGGAGUUAUACAUAUUGGGCUGAAGUAGUUUCUGGAGUUUUUUGUGUUGCUUGUUGAAUGACAUGCUUGCUUUUUUGUCAUCUCUUUCAUACCAGAGGAAAUUUGCAAAGCACCAAGGAUAUCUAAGGCUCUGGCCCUUGGUAGUCAAAUAAGUUACAUUGGAAAGCACAGUUUGGCGAGGCAUUGCUGGGCAUCCAAGCAAUCUCAUUGGUUCUUGCAGUAACAAAUUGUAAUUGGAACCAUCUUGGUUUUAUUCUGGAAUACAGGUUGAUGACAAAAGCCAUGCUACUGCGAUGCCUGGUUAUACCUUGGGUUCCUCUUUCCAAAGCAGUCACUCUUGUACUUGUGAAUUACAUGAUCUGCUGAUCUUUUUGCCAAGCACUGUGCCCAACAUGCAACCCUGUAUUGAUCUCCUUUUGUUCCUGAUUUCCUGAAUCCUCCAUGUACUUUCCAGACUAGUGGUGCUGAAGGAGGGCCGGGAGUUGCUGUCUCCUCCCAUCUGUUUCACCAUUUGAGUGACAUCUUUUGGGAAACUACUUUUCUUCUCCUUGGAGGUCUUACGGAUAAUUUGUUGAUACACCUGUUUUGUUGAGCUUUUCUCCACUUUGUUAACUGGUUGAUUUGGAGAUGUGUUGUAAGAGACAGAAUCGGGAAUCUGAAGUGAAUAAUGAUUUUAUAAAUCAUUCAAAUUCACUUCUUCCUGUGUAGCUGUGUUGAUUUCAGAUAUAUAUGAAAGACUUGAACAUGUUUGCCUAACACUGGUAGAGUCCUCAUUGUGUAAUUUAAGCAUAUCUUUACAGUUUUUCCAGCCAGAUUCACAGUUCCAGCCUCAGACCCCAAAUCAUGAAACUAGUUCUGGUCCUGAUUCCAAUGAAAUUAGAACUAGGGCAUGAUCUAUUGGCAUGGUAGCAGGAUUUUGGUUUAUAGAUCAUUGUCCAGAAAUGUACGGUGGUAGUUUAGAUUUAAUUGUGCAUCAAAUGUUCUUUGAUUCCAUUUCCUCAAACCUUUUGUAUUUCUUUUUCCAAUAUCAGUUAGUGUAAUUCUUAUUGGCAUGGGAGGAAGGGAGCAGGUGAAAUUUCAUGGAUUGAGGUGGCAAAUACCUAGCCAAUGGCUUGUCAUUUUUAUUUCUGUAAAUAAUGUAUAAAUAAUGACACAGCAGUGUGGAAAUUUUUAAAAAGAGUUUUUUGAGUUUUUUUAUUAUUACCUCAUUCAGCAAAUUUGUUUUACAAUGAGUCAAUGAAACCUUAUUUAUAUUGUUUGUACUGUAAUUAAAAAUAUUGAUACAUUUCACUUUGCUUGUUGUUUCAUAUGAUCUUGUUUGAUUUAAUAUGUCCAUUUGUAUUAUGUUUCCCUCUUGCUAUCUCCAUCCUGGGUUUUUUUUUUGUGCCAGCUGUACAGUAUUCUGAGUUUUAAAUAUGUUGUAAAGUAAUGCAGAGAGAGAGACUGCUAUAUUGGAUAGGUCUCUUUCUAAUAAAGAUAAGAAAACAA